AUGGCCCUGGACGAUCCGCGCCUGGAAUGGAUCCGGGACCGUGUGUACUGCGGCUUCGGGCUGACAGACCCGAAUUGCUUCGAGGAGCUGCUGAACCGGAACGAUGGAGAAGAUGAAGUCAAGCUUCUGCGGUUUCUCAAUGAGAGCACAGACGAGGAGGGCGCCUCAGCUCUGCUGUUCUUCAAGAGCACCAGACAAGAGGAGCUGGAGGUGGAGAUAGCAGUGGAACCAGACGAUCCAGUAACGCAGAGCGUUUCCCCACGUGAGGAAGAUAAUAACCCUCCAGUCAGCAAUGGGACAGAAGAACCCAGCCUAGCAUCUGCCGACACCAACUCACUAGUUCCAUCUAGUGGCAAAAAAGACGAGACAUUGAAAGUUCCAAGUCUACAUACGGACGCAGAUGGAAGAGCGGAGGCCUAUAUCCCUUUUGGGACAGAAAGCAGUCCAGAGUCGAGCCAAGAAGGAGCUCCUGAAGAUUCAGUUGUUCCCAUUAAACUCACCAAAACAAUCAAACAGAAGAUCAAUCGGGCUGUUCUACACGUCUCUUUCAACUGCAUCCCACAAGAAUUUGCGGAAUUGAAAGCCUUGUAUUUUCUGCGUAACACCCAAGAAACGAUUUCAGAGCCCAAUGAUAUGCGGGAAGCUAAUGACGUCAUGCCGAUGUUCUUGGAGUAUGGAAUCCUGAAUGGACAUUGCCUUCAGAUGCUCAAGCAGGUCUUCUCACAGGUCUUUAUGCCUCUGUUGUCUUACAAUGAACACAAAAGCAAAGAUAUCUCCCUUCAAGAGGAUCAAGCUCAGCAGACAGGAUCCCCUGAAGACAUAAGUGACAAAGAUUCCUUAAAGCUGGAAGAGCCAAAUGUGGAACUAAGAAGUGUACAGCUAAUUCGAGAUGAAUUCCUUAUGAACAUGCAGAAAUUCCUGAACCAUAUUCAGCAAACAAUACAGCAACUUGAAGGAGAAAUUAAAUUAGAAAUGCCAGAUGUGAACCUUGACACUGAACCUGCUGUAGUGGCAGCAGAUAAAACUGCUGUAGAGAAACUGGAGCAAUGUGUGAUGAAUUGGCAGACACAAGUGUCCGCAGCUCUGGAGGAACUGCUGCAAAAGAAACCGCAGGGAAAGUCUCCACUGGCUGAAAUUGACUUCUGGCGCGAGCGCAAUGCUACGUUAAGUGCACUUAGUGAACAGCUGAAACUUCCCACAGUGAAGAAGGUCUUAAAUGUUUUGUCUAUUGCUGAUCCUGGUUUAGUACAAAAUCUGGAUCUUACAGUAACUGAGCUUGCAAAGUACCAUGUAGAAGCUGCUGAUAAUGUCCGCUUCCUAACCACUCUUGAACGUCAUUUAAAGAACUUAACACACGGGACAGGUUUUAAUGUAGUCCUGGAUACAAUCCCUCCAAUGAUGAAUGCUUUAAGAAUGGUGUGGAUUAUUUCCCGUCAUUACAAUAAGGAUGAAAGAAUGGUCCCAUUAAUGGAGCGAAUUGCCUGGGAAAUUGCAGAAAGAGUCUGUCGAGUUUUGAAUAUUCACAUUUUUUUUCGAGAGAACAGAGAAGCAGCAAAAAACAAAACCCUGGAGGCAAAGAGAACCCUGGAAUUAUGGAAAAGUUGCUACUUCGAAGUCCGCGCUAAGAUUGAAGCUUCAGGGAGGGACCAGCGUUGGGAAUUUGAUAGAAAACGUCUUUUUGAGAAAACGGACUACUUGGCUACUAUUUGUCAAGAUCUCUUUGAUAUUUUGCAGGUUCUAGAGGAGUUUUACAACAUAUUUGGUCCAGAAUUAAAAGCGGUCACUGGUGAUCCCAAGCGUAUUGAUGACGUUUUGCAUAGAGUUGAUGGUCUUAUCAAACCAAUGGAAGACCUGUCUUUCGAUCCCUUCAAUAUAAAAUACGCUCAACAAUGGAAACUUGUCAUAGAUGACUUUAAGAAUGAAGUCCAGGCCAUUGAAGGAGAAGCCAUACAUUUUAUUGACGAAUCAUUUAAAAGUCUUCGCUCAGCUGAGGCUGCAUUUGACAUGCUAUUGAAGUUUAAGCACAUUCGCUCUCGAGAAGCCAUCAACAAGCAGAUGAUGAUGAAAUUUAAUGCUAUUCUGGAGCAGUAUUGUAAAGAGGUUGACAUAGUAAACAAUCUCUUUGUGAAAAACCUGGAAACCCCUCCUCUCUACAAGAAUCAUCCUCCAGUGGCUGGGGCAAUAUAUUGGGAAAGGUCACUUUUCCUCCGAAUUAAACACACAAUUGUUCGGUUUCUGGAAAUGGAAGAGAUGCUAGCAAGUGAACAUGGAAAAAUGGCCAAGGCAAAAUAUUUGGAAGUGGCAAGAAGAAUGAAGGAGUAUGAAGACAAGAAGUAUGAGGCUUGGAAAGAGAGCACAGAUCAGAUCCUGCCAUCUCUGCUGAAAAGAAGUGUACUUGUCAACAUACAUGUACCUGGUCUUAUUAACCACACCAACAUAUCUCUUACUGAAAUGGAUGUGGACCAACUUAAAGCUGACACUAACUAUAAGAAUGUGCACUACACUGUGAACUUUGCACCAGAACUGCAAGAAAUUAUCACAGAAACCAAACACAUGGAGCAAUUGGGCUUUUCUGUUGGUGAAUUACCACGAAAUGUAGCCCUGCAAGAAGACAAGUUCUUAAGGUACAUCGAUGACCUGAAACAAAUUCUUGCUUCUUACGAAAAACUGAUACAGUCACUAAAUGAAGCUGAAACCCAACUUCUUGAUAAUCACAUCCGAGAACUUUUGAAAGUGUUUAGAUCUGGAUACAGAAGAUUGAAUUGGAACUCAUUAGGUAUUGGCGACUUCAUUAACCGUUGCACCCAGGCAGUCUCAAAGUUUGAGUCUUUGGUACUUAAAAUUCAGAAGAAUGCAAACGACAUUGACAAUAAACUGACUGCUAUUGAAUCUGCAAACCUUUUUAAAUGUAUCAAUAAGACGGGAACAGAUCUUCCAGGUGUCAAGGAAUUCUUUGAAUACAUUGAAAAUGAGCGGUCCAGAGACGUCGAAAUUAUGGUCAGAAAGUAUACUGCCAUUGGAUCUAUCUUAACAAAAAUAGAAGGCCUAGUGGUGAACAUGAACACAGGGAAGAAUCCGCAGAUGGCUCAGUAUUACGCUUUCUGGGAAAACAAAGUGUACACCACACUGACAAAGAUGGUCAUAAAGAACUUCCAGGCUUUUAAUGCGGCUAUUAUCGCAAAUGUUCCUCUCUUUCAAGUUGAAACCAUCCUAUCUGCUCCAGAAAUAAUUCUUCACCCUAACUUCAAUGAAAUCUUUAAGUUGAUUGUACAGUGCUACAAGGGAUGUCUUGAAACCACAAAGAGUUUUGUACGCUGGAUGCAUGGAACCUGCAUGCUCUGUCCUCCUCAAAAAUCCGAAGACGAUGAACCCAUUAUCUACAGUUUUUACAAUGACAUUUACCAGAAUCCUCAGAUCACAGAACAAGCUCUUAUUAUCAACCAGAACAUGCACAAGCUGCUCACAUCACUUACAAAGUACCUAAACCGGUGGAAGAGAUACCGACCUUUAUGGAAGCUGGAUAAGGCCAUUGUACUGGAGAGGUUUGCCGCCAGGAAGCCAUCCUGCGUCACAUUUGAUGAGAAGUUGCAGUUCUAUAGUCGGCUAGCGCUGGAGGUUAUGCAACAGCCCUUAAUUAAAGAUGAACAGUGUAUUAGACUCUAUCUGGGACCGCUAGCCUACACUGUGCAGGAAAAUGCUAGCGCAUGGGUAAACUCCCUUGGACACCUUCUGAAUGAGUCUGCCCGUGAACAGCUGUACGGUCUCAGAGAUGAGUUGGAUAGACUGUCAAUAAAUCUGAUGAGGACACCAGAUACUCUUGAAGAUCUUAAGUUUGUUCUUGCCACAAUUGCGGACAUUAGAGAUAUGUCUCUAGUUGUUGAAAUGCGAUAUCGAGAUAUCCAAGAAAGAUAUAGAACCCUGACAAUGUAUAAUAUUGAGUUUGAUGAAGAAGAGAAAGUUUUGUCUGAGAAAAUAACACAUAUCUGGGAAGAUCUGUUCCUGGAAUCAAAGCAGGUGGAUCGCAGCCUUGGAAAAGUGAAAAGGAAAUUUACUCAGAUUACAAAAGAUCAAAUUGAAGACUAUAAGAAAGAGGUGGUUCAGUUUGCAGAAUUGUUCCGUUCUGAAGGACCUGGAGCUGUUGGAGAUGACCUUGAUAAAGGUGUACAGAUUCUGGCUGCUUAUGAAAAAGAGCUGAUGAAGUAUGAAAAGAACAGACAGGAGUUGGCAAAUGCUGAAAAACUUUUUGACCUUCCUAUAACUAUGUAUCCUGAACUCUUACAAGUGCAAAAAGAAAUGAAGGGUUUGCGUCAAAUUUAUGAUAUCUACAGUGCUCAAAAGCUCGCCAAAGAGGAAUGGUCACAGACACUGUGGGCAAAUUUAAAUGUUCAAAUACUUCAAGAUGGAAUUGAUGGAUUUCUCAAAACUUUCAGAAAACUUCCAAAAGAAAUUCGCAGUCUGCCAGUGGCUUUUUACCUUGAGUCUAAAAUGAAGGAAUUUAAAGACUCAAUUCCUUUACUUCUUGAUCUAAAGAAUGAAGCUUUGAGAGACAGACAUUGGAAGGAUCUGAUGACCAAAACAGGGACAAAUUUUGAAAUGAAUCCUGACACGUUUACCCUAGAAAACAUGUUUGCCAUGGAACUCCACAAAUAUGUUGAUGUCAUCAGUGACAUUGUAGCUUCAGCAGUUAAAGAGCUUAGCAUAGAAAAGGGUGUUAAAGAAAUUGUAGAUACAUGGGAAAAUAUGAAAUUUACUGUACAGAGAUAUAUAAAGGGCACUCAAGACCGAGGAAGUAUAUUGGGAUCCGUCGAUGAUGUUCUACAAAUACUUGAUGACAAUGCCAUGAACUUACAAAGUAUCUCUGGAAGUCGCUUUGUUGGUCCUUUCCUGAAUACAGUGCAACAAUGGGAAAAAUCACUCUCUCUUAUCGGAGAAGUAAUUGCAGUGUGGAUGGUAGUUCAACGAAAAUGGAUGUAUUUGGAGAGUAUAUUCAUUGGAGGUGAUAUCAGGUCACAGCUGCCAGAAGAGGCAAAAAAAUUUGACAAUAUUGAUAAAAUAUUUAAAAGGAUAAUGUCAGAAACCGUGAAGGAUCCAGUAAUAAAACGUUGCUGUCAGGCCUCAAAUCGACUUUUUGACUUACAAAACCUAAGUGAGGAUCUUGAGAAAUGUCAAAAGAGCUUGAACGAUUACUUGGACUCUAAGAGAAAUGCUUUUCCUCGGUUCUUUUUCAUAUCAGAUGAUGAGCUGCUCAGUAUUCUGGGCAGCAGUGAUCCCAUGUGUGUUCAGGAGCACAUUAUCAAGAUGUAUGACAACAUUUCAUCACUGAGAUUUCAAGCUGGAGACAUUGGUGAGAUGUUGGCAACCGGCAUGAUCUCCGCUGAAGGAGAGGUGAUGGCAUUCCGCCAGGCCAUAGCAGCUGAAGGUCGGGUGGAGGAUUGGAUGACCGCCGUACUGCAGGAAAUGAGGAGAACCAACAGACUCAUUACUAAGGAGGCUAUAUUCAGAUACUGUGAGGAUAAGAGCAGGGUGGAUUGGAUGCUGUCGUACCAAGGGAUGGUUGUCUUGGCUGGUAAUCAGGUAUGGUGGACCUGGGAAGUAGAAGAUGUCUUCCAUAAGGUUAAGAAGGGAGAGAAACAAGCACUGAAAAACUAUGCUAAGAAAAUGCACCAGCAGAUUGAUGAACUUGUUACCCGGAUCACAGAACCUCUAUCUAAAAAUGACAGGAAGAAAUAUAACACCGUUCUAAUCAUUGAUGUACAUGCCAGAGACAUUGUGGACAUCUUUGUGAGAGACAGCAUUAUGGAUGCCCGUGAGUUUGAAUGGGAAAGUCAACUACGCUUCUACUGGGACAGAGAACCAGAUGAAUUGAAUGUCCGCCAGUGCACUGGAACCUUUGCCUAUGGUUAUGAGUACAUGGGUCUUAAUGGGAGGCUGGUCAUUACUCCUCUGACUGAUCGGAUCUAUCUCACGCUUACACAGGCAUUGUCCAUGUAUUUAGGUGGGGCGCCUGCCGGGCCAGCAGGAACUGGUAAAACCGAGACAACUAAAGAUCUGGCUAAAGCUCUUGGGUUGCUGUGUGUGGUGACCAACUGUGGUGAAGGCAUGGACUACAAGGCUGUCGGUAAAAUCUUCUCUGGCCUGGCUCAAUGUGGAGCAUGGGGCUGCUUUGAUGAAUUCAACCGCAUUGACGCCUCUGUACUCUCAGUCAUUUCCUCUCAGAUACAGACCAUACGUAAUGCUUUAAUCCAUCACUUGAAGAGAUUUCAGUUUGAAGGUCAGGAGAUUGCCAUGGAUGCUCGUAUGGGGAUCUUUAUUACAAUGAACCCUGGUUAUGCUGGCCGUACAGAAUUACCAGAAUCAGUAAAGGCUCUGUUUAGACCUGUGGUUGUAAUUGUACCAGACCUCCAGCAAAUCUGUGAAAUCAUGCUAUUUUCAGAAGGAUUUCUUUUGGCCAAGAACCUGGCUAAAAAGAUGACCGUAUUAUAUAGACUUGCCAAAGAACAACUGUCCAAACAGCAUCAUUAUGAUUUUGGAUUGCGUGCCUUAAAAUCUGUUCUGGUGAUGGCUGGGGAGUUGAAGAGAGGUUCACCAGACUUAAGUGAAGAUGUCGUUUUGAUGAGAGCACUAAGAGACAUGAACCUUCCCAAGUUUGUGUUUGAAGACGUCCCCCUGUUUCUUGGUUUAAUUUCGGACCUGUUCCCGGGACUGGACUGCCCCCGAGUUCGCUACCCAAACUUUAAUGAUGCAGUGGAAGAAGCCCUUAGAGAUAACAACUAUAUCAUGCUGCCUGUUCAGGUAGACAAAGUUGUUCAGAUGUAUGAGACAAUGCUGACGCGUCACACUACUAUGGUGGUUGGCCCCACAGGAGGGGGCAAGUCUGUCGUAAUUAAUACUUUGUGUUUGGCACAGACUAAACUUGGUCUUACAACAAAGUUAUAUACACUGAAUCCCAAAGCCAUGAGUGUGAUUGAACUGUACGGUAUCCUGGACCCAACGACAAGGGACUGGACUGAUGGAGUCCUUUCAAACAUCUUCAGGGAAAUCAACAAGCCAACAGAUAAAAAAGAGAGACGGUAUAUAUUGUUCGAUGGAGAUGUUGAUGCUCUCUGGGUAGAAAAUAUGAAUUCAGUAAUGGAUGACAACAAGCUAUUGACCUUGGCAAAUGGAGAGCGAAUUAGACUUCAGCCACACUGUGCAUUAUUAUUUGAGGUUGGAGAUUUACAAUAUGCAUCACCUGCUACUGUAUCCCGUUGUGGGAUGGUUUUUGUAGAUCCUAAGAAUCUUAAAUACAGGCCUUACUGGCAGAAGUGGGUCAGCAAUAGGCAAAACAAGCAAGAACAAAUUGAGUUAAACCGCCUAUUUGAGAAAUACGUGCCACCUUGCAUUGAAAUGAUUGUUGAAGGAAUCAUGGAUGGGAAACAAGGAGAAAAGUUGAAAACUAUUGUUCCUCAAACAGAUCUAAACAUGGUGACACAGUUGUCUAUUAUGCUUGAUGCUUUAAUUGAAAAAGAAGUUGAAGAUAUGGAUGUUUUAGAAUGCUACUUCAUAGAGGCUUUAUAUUGCUCAUUGGGAGCAACAUUACUUGAAAAUGGAAGGAUUAAAUUUGAUGAGUACGUAAAACGUUUAGCCUCAAUGUCAAGUAAUUAUGAUGAGCAGACCCUAGCUGGACCUGGAGAACUUCCUGGUCAGCUACCUACAAUUUAUGACUUUCAUUUUGACGGUGACAAAAACAAAUGGAUACCCUGGAGUAAAUUGGUUCCAAAAUAUAUACACAAUUCAGAGGAGAAAUUUAUUGAUAUUCUAGUUCCUACGGUGGACACUACACGUACCACUUGGCUGUUGGAGCAAAUGGUGAAAAUUAAAAGACCAGUAGUACUUGUUGGUGAAUCUGGUACAUCUAAGACGGCUACUACAAUGAACCUCCUAAGGAACUUAAACAGUGAUAACACGAUGCUGCUGACUAUCAAUUUCUCUUCUCGUACUACUUCUAUGGACAUCCAAAGAAAUCUAGAAGCAAAUGUAGAGAAACGUACAAAAGACACCUAUGGGCCACCUAUGGGCAAGCGGUUAUUGGUGUUCAUGGAUGACAUGAAUAUGCCAAAGGUAGAUGAAUAUGGGACACAGCAGCCAAUUGCUCUGUUAAAGUUGCUGCUGGAAAAGGGUGGCAUGUAUGACCGUGGUAAAGAACUGAAUUGCAAGUUCCUAAGGGAUCUUGGAUUUGUAGCUGCAAUGGGAAAAGCUGGUGGAGGCCGGAAUGAAGUGGACACUCGAUUUAUAUCCCUGUUUACUGUGUUUAAUGUGCUUUUCCCUUCAGAAGAAUCAUUGCAUCUUAUUUACUUCUCCAUUCUACAAGGGCACACAAUGCUAUUCCAUGAAGAUGUUCAAGCCAUUUGUGAUAAGCUAACUUCCUGUACCCUGGAGCUUUAUAAAAUGAUUGUUCGGGAUCUUCCUCCAACACCUUCAAAGUUCCAUUAUAUAUUUAACCUUCGAGAUCUUUCCAGAGUGUUUCACGGAUUGAUUUUGACAACUCCAGAAAGAUUCCAGACAGUGGCAGAGAUGGUGAGAGUCUGGAGGAAUGAGGCCCUGAGAGUUUUCCAUGACAGACUAAUCAAUGAAAACGAUAAGACAGUGGUACAAGGUCAUAUUCGGAGUCUAAUUGAAGAACACUUCUUGGCUGACCUGGAUUAUGUCAUGCGAGACCCUGUUCUUUUUGGGGACUACAGAACAGCGAUGCAUGAAGGGGAACCACGAGUGUAUGAAGACAUCCAAGAUUUUGAUGCAGCUAAAGCUCUCUUUCAAGAAAUCCUUGAAGAAUAUAAUGAAAGCAAAACAAAAAUGAACUUAGUUCUUUUUGAUGAUGCACUUGAGCAUUUAACCCGAAUUCACCGCAUUAUAAGAAUGGAUCGAGGUCAUGCUCUGCUGGUUGGUGUCGGAGGCUCAGGAAAGCAGUCCCUUGCUAGGCUUGCAGCAUUUGCUGCCGGAUAUGAGGUUUUUGAAAUUGUUCUAAGCCGUGGAUAUGGCGAGAACAGUUUCAGAGAAGAUUUGAAGAAUCUCUACAUAAAGCUUGGUUUAGAGAACAAGAAGAUUAUUUUCUUGUUUACAGAUGCACAUGUGGCAGAAGAAGGGUUUCUGGAACUUAUUAAUAACAUGCUAACGUCUGGAAUGGUCCCAGCACUUUUCCCAGAUGAUGAGAAGGAAUCUAUUCUAAACCAAAUCAGAGAUGAAGCUGGAAAACAUGGUGUGGGACCUGCCAAAGAGAGCAUUUGGCAGUUUUUUGUUAACAAGAGCGCAAACAACCUCCAUAUUGUUCUUGGAAUGUCCCCAGUCGGUGAUACAUUGAGGACAAGAUGCAGAAAUUUUCCAGGUUUGGUAAACAACACUGGUAUUGACUGGUUCUUGCCUUGGCCACCUCAAGCGUUGUAUGCUGUCGCAAAGUCAUUUUUAGGAGAGAACCAGAUGAUCCCCUCUCAACAUUUGGAACCCGUCAUCGGCCAUGUGGUUAUGGUUCAUGAUUCAGUUGGAGAGUUUAGUAAAAAAUUCCAGCAGAAACUGAGACGAAGCAACUACGUCACUCCAAAGAAUUAUCUGGAUUUCAUAAACACCUAUUCAAAAUUACUGUAUGAAAAGAACCAGUUUAAUCUGGCACAGUGCAAGCGCUUGGAAGGAGGUCUAGACAAGCUGAAGGAAGCUGCUGUCCAACUGGCUGAACUUAACGUAAAGCUGGCGGAGCAGAAGGUGGUUUUAGCAGAGAAAUCAGCAGCUUGUGAAGCAUUACUGGAUGAGAUAUCUGUUAACACUGCAGUAGCUGAGGAGAAAAGGAAGCUUGCUGAGGAGAAGGCUGCAGAAAUUGAGGAGCAAAAUAAAGUAAUCGCUGUGGAGAAGCAGGAUGCAGAGAGUUCCCUGGCUGAAGCUUUGCCAAUACUGGAAGCUGCAAAGCUGGAACUGCAGAAGUUGGACAGAUCAGAUGUAACUGAGAUUAGGACUUUUGCUAAACCACCAAGGGCGGUUCAGGUUGUCUGUGAGUGUAUCCUGGUGAUGAGGGGCUACAAGGAGAUCAGCUGGAAAAAUGCGAAAGGGAUGAUGUCAGAGCCAAACUUCCUGAAAAUACUCAUGGAAAUAGAUUUUGAUGCAAUCACUCAGAAUCAAGUCAAGACAGUCAGAGGAUUCUUAAGAAAUCUAAAUGCCACAUUUGAAGAGAUGGAAGCCAUUAGUAAAGCUGGCCUGGGAAUGUUGAAAUUUGUUGAUGCUGUAAUGGGUUAUUGUGAUGUGGCUAAAGAGAUUAAACCGAAACGAGAAAAGGUGGCAAAACUGGAAAGAAACUAUCACAUGAGUAAACGUGAGCUGGAAAGGAUCCAAGCUGAACUAGCUGCUAUACAAAGUGAAUUGAAAACCCUUGGAGAACGAUAUGAGUCUGCCAUAACAGAGAAGCAAAAACUUCAAGAGGAAGCAGAAAUUAUGGAGCGCAGGCUGAUCGCUGCUGAUAAACUGAUCUCUGGUUUGGGAUCGGAGAAUAUAAGGUGGACAAACGACUUGGAAGAGUUGAAGGAGAGAAGAGUGAAGUUGCUCGGAGAUUGUUUGCUGUGUUCUGCAUUUCUCAGCUAUGAAGGUGCUUUCAACUGGGAAUUCCGGAAAGAGAUGGUAUACACAGAAUGGCAACAGGACAUACUGGAGCGUGAAAUCCCUCUUAGUCAUCCGUUCAGGGUGGAGAGUCUGCUCACUGAUGAUGUGGAAAUUAGCAGGUGGGGCUCAGAAGGAUUACCCCCAGAUGAACUUUCAAUACAAAAUGGCAUACUGACCACCAGGGCAAGUCGCUUCCCACUUUGUAUAGAUCCGCAACAACAAGCUCUGAACUGGAUCAAAAGAAAGGAGGAACGGAAUAACCUUAAGAUUUCCUCUUUUAAUGACCCUGAUUUCUUGAAGCAAUUAGAAAUGGCCAUUAAGUACGGCUUUCCCUUCCUCUUUCAAGAUGUCGAUGAAUAUAUUGACCCGGUCAUUGACAAUGUUUUGGAAAAAAAUAUAAAAGGUGCCCAAGGUCGUCAGUUUAUCUUCCUUGGAGACAAAGAGGUUGAUUACGAUCCUAACUUCAAACUGUACCUGAAUACAAAACUGGCAAAUCCUAAGUACUCCCCAUCAGUGUUUGGUAAAGCCAUGGUCAUAAAUUAUACAGUUACUCUGAAGGGCCUUGAAGAUCAGUUGCUCAGUGUCAUUGUUGGCUUUGAAAGAAGAGAAUUGGAAGAGCAAAGAGAACAUCUAAUUCAAGAAACAAGUGAAAAUAAAAAGUUGUUGAAAGAUUUGGAGGACUCUUUGCUUCGAGAACUUGCCACCUCCACUGGUAAUAUGUUAGACAAUGUGGAACUAGUUCAUACACUAGAGGAGACAAAAUCCAAAGCUACAGAGGUGUCCGAAAAACUGAAACUAGCAGAGCGGACUGCCUUGGACAUUGAUAAAUUACGAGAUGGUUAUAGACCAGCUGCUAAGCGUGGAGCCAUACUGUUCUUCGUCCUUUCUGAGAUGGCCUUAGUCAACUCAAUGUAUCAAUACUCUUUGUCAUCGUUCUUGGCUGUCUUCGACCUAUCUCUACGGAAGUCUCUUCCUGAUGGUAUUUUGGCCAAAAGGUUGAAGAACAUAAUGGACACCUUGACAUUCAACGUUUAUAACUACGGAUGUACAGGCUUAUUUGAAAGACAUAAGUUGCUGUUUUCUUUCAAUAUGACAAUUAAGAUUGAGCAAGCAGAUGGCAGGGUGCCACAGGAAGAACUGGACUUUUUUUUGAAAGGAAAUAUCUCCUUAGAGAAAAGCAGGAGGAAGAAGCCAUGCUCUUGGCUCCUUGACCAAGGAUGGGAGGAUAUCAUGCGCUUGUCUGAACAGUUUCCAACAUUGUUUGGGUCGCUCCCUGAUGAUGUAGAGAGACAUGAGUCACAGUGGAAAGCUUGGUAUGACCUGGACACUCCCGAACAAUACCCCUUCCCCCUGAGCUACAAUGACAAACUUUCCACCUUUCAAAAAUUGCUUCUCCUGCGAUGUUUCAGAGUAGACCGCGUCUAUAGAGCUGUGACGGACUAUGUCACUGUCACCAUGGGAGAGAAAUAUGUGCAGCCACCAGUCAUAAGCUUUGAAGCUAUCUUUGAACAGAGUGUUCCAACCUCACCUAUUGUCUUUAUCCUGAGCCCUGGGUCUGAUCCUGCUAGUGACCUCACAAAAUUGGCAGAGAGGUCAGGAUUUGGAGGAAAUCGUCUUAAGUUCCUUGCCAUGGGUCAGGGGCAGGAAAAGGUUGCGCUUCAGCUCUUGGAAACAGCAGUAUCUCGUGGUCAGUGGCUUAUGUUACAAAACUGCCACUUGUUGGUGAAGUGGCUAAAAGAUUUGGAGAAAGCACUGGAGAUGAUAAGGAAGCCACACCCAGACUUCCGCCUGUGGCUCACCACUGAUCCCACCAAAGACUUCCCCAUUGGAAUACUUCAGAAAUCCCUCAAGGUUGUUACAGAACCUCCCAAUGGGCUGAAGCUGAAUAUGAGGUCCACAUACUUCAAGAUCUCACAUGAAGCUCUUGAUGCCUGCCAGCAUCCAGCCUUUAAAUCCCUGGUCUAUGUGCUGGCAUUCUUCCAUGCUGUGGUGCAGGAAAGGAGGAAAUUUGGAAAGAUUGGCUGGAAUGUUUCUUAUGAUUUCAAUGAGUCUGAUUUCCAGGUCUGCAUGGAAAUAUUGAACACGUAUCUGACCAAAGCUUACACACAGCAUGAUACCAGAAUACCCUGGGGCAGCCUGAAGUAUCUUAUUGGAGAGGUCAUGUAUGGAGGAAGGGCCAUUGACAGCUUUGACCGUCGGAUUCUUACCAUCUACAUGAAUGAAUAUUUGGGCGACUUUAUAUUUGACACAUUCCAGCUGUUCCAUUUCUAUAAAAAUGACGAUGUCGAUUAUAAAAUUCCAAGUGGAGACAAAAAAGAUGACUUUGUUGAGGAAAUAGAAUCGCUUCCACUUGCAAAUACCCCUGAAGUGUUUGGCCUGCACCCAAAUGCUGAAAUUGGAUACUACACACAGGCCGCUCGGGAUAUGUGGUCUCACCUCCUGGAAUUGCAGCCACAAACAGGCGAAUCAGGCACAGGUAUAAGCCGGGAUGAGUACAUCGGGCAGGUGGCAAAGGAUAUUGAGAACAAGCUGACCCAAAUAUUUGAUCUGGACCAAAUUAGGAAAAAUUAUGGGUUGGAAAUAUCACCAACCACAGUGGUGUUACUACAGGAACUAGAGAGGUUUAACAAGCUGAUAAUACAAAUGUCCAAGUCUCUAGCUGAACUUCAGAGGGCUUUGGCUGGUGAAGUUGGAAUGAGCAAUGAGUUAGAUGAAGUGGCUCGAGCACUAUUUAAUGGGCAGAUUCCAAGCAUAUGGAGAAGACUGGCUCCUGAUACCCUAAAGUCUUUGGGAAACUGGAUGAUUCAUUUCAGGGCACGUUAUAACCAGUACACAUCAUGGGUGAAUGAGGGCGAGCCAAAUGUCAUGUGGCUGUCCGGCUUACAUAUUCCAGAGUCCUAUCUGACUGCUCUUGUUCAAGCCACUUGCAGAAAGAAUGGAUGGCCACUUGACCGAUCUACAUUGUAUACUCAGGUUACAAAGUUCCGUACAGCUGAAGAGGUCACUGAGAGACCCGGACAAGGAUGCUUUAUUUCUGGCCUUUACCUGGAAGGAGCUGACUGGGACAUUGAGAAAUCCUCUCUAAUUAAAAGUAAACCCAAAGUCCUUGUAGUGGAGUUGCCUGUAUUAAAGGUUAUCCCAAUUGAAGCUCAUCGUCUUAAACUACAAAACACGUUUAGGACCCCCGUAUACACUACGUCAAUGAGGAGGAAUGCUAUGGGAGUUGGGCUGGUUUUUGAGGCUGAUCUCUUUACAACAAAACACAUCUCGCACUGGGUGCUGCAAGGCGUCUGCCUUACACUUAACGCUGACUAA